AUGGCAUUACCAGUACCACUUCCCGGGAAUGCUGUGGUCAACAUAACCGACCCCUACGAUAACCGCGUCUUGGUGAUCACCAACUAUAUUCUGGCUACUGUCAUCUGUAUGGUAACCAUCGUCGGUGUGCUCGGCAACAGUUUCGUCGUGCUUCUCUUUGCCUUGUCCCGAAAGCUACAGACGGUGACGAAUAUCUUUGUGGUAAGUCUGACACUGUCGGAUCUAAUCGGGUGCGCAACCCUGAGUCUUGACGCGGUGGCGCUAUUGUACCUUCGAGGAUGGCCGUUGCAGGAUUGGGUUUGUAAAAUGGUUGGAGGGGUGACUCUAAUUGCUUUCAAGGCCAGCAUAGUUCACCUGGCGCUGAUCAGCAUCAAUCGACUCUUUGUCAUCACCCGACCAAGAAUACAAUACCUGCGUAUCUACCGGCGGAGGAACGUCGUCUUGAUGGUUGCUUUUGCUUGGCUGUCACCUCUCUCGAUGAUCGUCUUGCCCACAUCACUUGGGUUCGGACGACUGGGUUAUAACACCGAGAACCAUUUCUGCGUCUUCGAUGGCACCAGAUUGCAGCUUCGGAUCAUGUAUGUCAUCGAAGAGAUUCUCUUCGUCGUCACGUUCUGCAUCAUCAGUUUCUGUUACUUUAAAAUAUACAUCUACGUGACAAGGCAGUAUCGAAACAUGACGCAAUUCUUUCUGCGGCGUUCCAACAAGGCGCCGGCUUCUAACAAGAAGAAGAUGCUCUCAAACAUCGACAAGCGCGAAAUUGAAAUCACCAAGAACCUGUUCAUGGUGGUCUGUGCCUUCUUUAUCUGUAUCCUUCCUCACACUAUCUGUCUCUUCGCUGAGGAGUGUUACCUAUAUUACUUCAAGCAUACAGCUGUAAUCUACAGUAUCAACUCUUGCAUCAAUCCUUACAUCUACUGUUUCAAGCAACCCAUCUUCAAGCAGGUUUCUCUCUGCGUUGUCCGAUGUCGUUGGUCGGAGAUUCCAAAGCCGUCAGCGUGGCUUCAGCGACUCUUGAAGCGGUCUCGAGACAGGGCUCCAAGUUCUACCCCUACUCCAAACUUCAACACUCCUCCAGAUGAUCAGGAUAUCAGCAUCGUGGCGACCGUCAAACAGACCUCGUUACAAACGGAUGUAUAA